AAUGGGCGAGCCGGACAUGCAACGGCCCCAGGCCAUUAUAGAGCACAGUUGGAGUGCUUUAGGGCGGGCAGAGUCUUGUGAAAGGCCCAGUUUGUAAUUUUCCGCCUUUCGGCACCGCCAGCCCCUCUCCUCUAGCUGCCGCCGAGCUACACCAAAAUGCUGGGUGCCCUUCGUGUGCUGGCCUCGCCAUGGGCAGGUGCUCUGGAGCUGGGUGCUGCUUCCAGCAAGAACCUGGUUUCUGAGGUGGCCGCCAGGCGGUUCGCUGCCGCUGCCGCCGUGCCGGUUAGCGGUGAUGCCGCUGGCGUCCUGUCCUCCGUCGAUGCUCUCCUGCAGCAGGACAGCAACGCCACCGGCAAGGAUGUGUCGGACGCCGCUGUUGCCCUGGCCUACCUGGGCGCUCGUGGCAACCGCAGGGUGUGGGGCAAGGUCCUGGAGAAGGCUGCCUCCGUGUCCCUGGACGGCGCCUCGCUGGCCAACCUGAGCUGGGCGCUGUCGGCCGCCAACGUGGAGCACACCCGCACCGUGGCUGAGCUGUCGGGCCCCCUGGCCGCCAACCUCAAGAGCAUGACCCCCGCCCAGGUGUCGUACGCCGUUGAGGCCAUCGGCAAGUCGGGCGUUGCUGACGUGGAGCUGUUCGCCGCCGUGGCUGAGCUGGCUGAGGCCCGCGCCGCGGAGUUCAAGCCGGCUGACCUGGCUCGCCUGCUGUGGGCCUUCGGUGCCGCUGGCGUGCAGGACGGCAAGCUGGUGAGGGCUGCCUCUGCCGGCCUGGCGAAGGCUGAGCUGUCCGGCCGUGUGGCUGCUCAGGCUCUGUGGGGCCUGGCUGCUCUGGGCCGCGUGCCUGACGCCGCUCUGGCUGGCGCCCUGGCUAAGGGCAUGAAGUCCGGCGUUGAGGCCCCGGCUGAUGCCGCCGCCGCUGCCUGGGCUCUGGCCACCCUGGUGGUCAAGGCCGAUUCCGCCACCGUCAAGGCUCUGUCGGAGAAGGCCAAGGCCGGCGCUGCCGACCUGAGCGCUGCUCAGGCUGUGCAGGGCGGCUGGGGUCUGGCCCAGCUGGGCGACAAGGAGGGCGCCGCCGCUCUGCUGGGCGCCGCUGCUGCCGCCGUGCAGAAGGACCCCACCUCCCUGAGCCCCUCCGCCCUAGCGCUGCUGCACUCUGGCGCCGUGGCUGCUGGCGCCAGCCUGCCCGCCCAGGUGGCCGAGUUCGCCGCCAAGGGCUUCGGUCUGGCGGUGGAGCACGCCCGCCACACCCGCAGCUCCGCGGCCGCCGCCUUCCACGCUGAGCUGGCGGAGGCUGUGGCGUACGCUAGCGGUGCCAGGCACCGGCCCGACGUUGCCGCCAAGGUGGCCUCCUACCAGGCUGCCGCCCCCGAGGGCUCCACCCUGGACGUGGUGGUGCCGGUGGACGCCAACACCAAGCUGGCCGUGAUCGGUGUGGAGGCCGAGCUGCUGGCCGCCAACGGAGCGGUUCUGGGUGGCUCCAUUGCCGCUGCCCGCGUGCGCGAGGCUCAGGGCUACAAGGUGGCGCUGGUGUCCAGCGCUGAGUGGCCCGCGGGCGCGCCCGUGAAGCAGCGCGCCGCCGCCGCCCUGGCUGCCAUCAAGAAGUCCGUGCCGUCGCUGGCCUCCAUGGCUGACAAGCUGUCCAAGGAGCUGUAAGCGGAUCGUCUCCGUUUCUUCGGGCUUAAUGUGAUGCUCCUUGGCGACAAGGGGCGUGUCUGUGAAUCCGCUGCGGCGCACAACUGCGUAUAGAUAGGGCGCAACUUUUCGGAAGUCGCAGAGCUGUGUCGGGAAAUGGGGUCCGGUUCAUCUCGGGCAUUCGGGCUGUUCUGGCGGGAAGCUGUAGCGCGCGAUGCGGUGCGUGUGCGCAUUCGUUACUAAGGACGGAUGGCGGGUGCUUUGGUGUGUGUGUUGAAGGCUGCUUGUAGAGCGAUAGAGGUCGCUCAACCUGGAUCGGAACUCUUCGAGAGCUCGCUGCAACAUUGCAACGACACCAAAAUGUC